AUGACGGACCCCACUGCAUCAAAGAAACUCAUCGUCAUCCUCGGUAGCUCCUAUGGCGGUCUAUCCACAGCCCACUAUCUUCUCAAACAUGCCAUUCCAGCUUUACCAAGCGCAACAGACUUCAAGGUCGUUCUCGUCAGCCCCUCCGCAGAAGUCAUGUGCCGGCCUGCAUGCCCCCCCGCACUGAUAUCUGACGACAUGUUUCCCCAAGACAAGCUCUUCGUCGACAUACCCAGCGUCUUCAAGCAAUACGAUAGUGAAAGCUUCCUCUUCAUUCAAGGAACCGCAACAAGUCUAAGGCAUGGUGAGAGAACUGUAUCCGUCACCCCGAAAGUCAAGAGCGAUCCAAUCACUCUUUCCUACCACGCCCUAGUGGUUGCUACUGGUGCAUCAACUCCCUCGCCUCUCCUCGGUCUCGACAGCGACUCUGAAAGUUUACGAAAAAGCUGGGCCGAUUUCCGCGAGACUUUGCCGAAGGCGAGAAGCAUAGUGGUCGUAGGUGGAGGGCCAGCGGGUGUCGAGACCGCCGGCGAGCUGGGCGAGCAUUUGAAUGGUCGAAAGUCGCAACGUCCAAAGGUUCCCAUUACCCUUGUCUCAUCUGCCCCUGAAAUUCUUCCCGCGCUUCGUCCUGCUAUCGCCCGCAAGGCAGAAGGUUAUCUCGCUCAGGUCGGAGUCACUGUCCUGAAAGGGGUUCGGGUAAAGGAUGUGGUGCCGGCUGAAGCUGGAAUCACAGGAGUGACGACAAAUGCAAUGGUCACUCUGGACAGUGGGAAGACAAUUGAGGCCGAACUUUACAUCCCCGCAACUGGUACACGACCGAACACGAGCUUCAUCGACGACGAUCUGCUCCUCUUUGAUGGACGAGUCAAUACGAAUCCCCUAACUCUUCGCGUUGAUACAGCUGGACCCCGCGUCUACGCCAUCGGCGACGCGUCUUCGUUCGCCAGGCCAGCUAUUCACAACAUCCUGAGUGCGGUUCCGGUCAUGUGCGCCAACAUUAAGCGGGACCUACUGCUGGCUUCUGAAAGUCCGGAGAGCGCCAGUGACAAGGAUAGACUAUUCGAGGAGGACGUCCGUGAGACUCAGUUGGUUCCGGUGGGAAAGAGCAAGGGGGUCGGGGCCGCCAUGGGAUAUCAGCUGCCCAGCUUCAUGGUGUGGAUGAUCAAGGGUCGGGACUACUGGCUGUGGACGACGGGGAAUCUUUGGAGUGGGAAGCAGUGGGCUAAGGAGUCUUAA